AUGCGUCUAAAAUCGUACAAUUCGGCCCGCAAACAAUCGAAGAGACAGCGCGCUCUUACAUUUCCGCUCGUGACAUUUCUCCUCAACUCUAGGCCGCCAUGCGUGUUUUCUAGGCCAUUGGCCGUUUCGAAAAGUGUUUGUCUGAACAUUUGCCAGCUCUUCAACGCUGAUUUCCAGGUAAACAAGGUGGAAAAUCGAUAAAGAGACACUCUGUCACAAUGGACGAUGAUCCAAAUGAAGUAAGAGCUUUUUCAUUGUGAUUUAAACAAAAAAUCUGUAAUUUUUUUUUAGCCAGAGUGCGCAAAUGAGAAAUGUGCGCAUAUCAGAGACAACCUGAAGUAUUUGGUCUCGACAAGAGAACGACAACAGAAAGAGCUGGCGGAUUAUUCAAAAAUCAAAGCGGAAGUGGAAAUAUUACGGCUGAAAUUGGUAACCGUGGAGGAGCACGCACAAAAAGCUACCCAAAGAUCCAUAGAAGCGACGAAUGCGAAGGAAAUGGCAGAGGCGGAGAUGAAGCAGAUGCAGUCGACGGCCGAAUACAAUCGGAGAAAGAUCAUAAUGCUUCAGGAGCAAGCGGACGAUGCAGAGGUAUUUUUUCAACAAUUUAAGUUCAAAAACUCAUACGCUUCCAUUUUCAGCAGCACAAAGAGCAGGCUAUUAGCUGGCGUAAUAAGUACGACACAAUCUGCGCGUUGGCCGAGAAACUGGAGAACAAUAAUAUGGAUGUGAAGGCGAAGUACGAGGGUGCCGUGAAAAUGCUCGAAGUCGUCGGAAAGAAGACGUUGACGCUUCAAGAUCAGACAGCAGCACUCAAGACAACGUCGAAGGAGCAGAGUGCGAAAUACAAAACGCUGGAUAAAUAUCUGAAAUCAGCGAUUCAAGUAAUUGAUGCUCUUUCCUCUGGUUCAAAUCUUUCCGAACAACCGAAGACUAUCAAGGAUUUGGUGACAGUUUUCCGUCGAGAUGAUGUUCGGCUUCUUUUCAACGCUCCGCAAUGGAAGAAUUCCAUGAUAAGCCAUGCUGGAACUUCUUCAGAUGCCGCCGAAAUCUCAGAUCAAGAGCUGGAGCCAGAACCAGAAGAUCCUUCGGAUCCACUGUUCGGCGGAAAUACUCUGAGUGAUGACGAGUCGGAAGAGGACGAAGACAUUAAGCGGCUGGAGCGAGAUCUGACGUCUUCUGUGAUAGACGCCUCUAAAAAUAAGAAGAACGAAGAGAUUCCACGGAAACAGCUGAGUCGCAGGCCAGAUUUCGGGCCGAAAAUGAAGGAAUUGCACGCGAUGAAGAACGGACCACGCGUGAUGCCGGUCAGAAGCGUCAAGAAUUGGCCGUCAGGUGUGCGAAAGUCGGCACGAGAAUCAUCCACUAAGAACACUGCCAUAGGUGUGGUGAAUUCGCAUGCGACUCAUUCGACGAACGUGCCCGUCUACACUUACGACGCCGUCAACGAGGCGACGUCCACAUCGAGAAAAGCACCUCCCAAGGCUUCCGAUGCUCCAGCAGCUGCUCCGUCGACGUCCACCGCUUCGAUUCAUGGACGGAAAGUGAAGACGGUGAGAGAACAGCAGACGGAGAUGAUGAAAGGAGAGACGGUCAAAGAGAAGGUGGCCAGGAUGAAGGCGGCGGCGGAGGAAGGAAAUGUGAAAAGAGAAGUGCAUGCUCCAAGUGCCAAGUCUGCCAUUGGCACGUAUUCGGGCCCAGAGCUCGAGGAAGAGCCAGCGAAAGAACCAGUGAAGGAACCGGCGAAGAAGCAGGAAGAACCGAAAAAGAAGCGUCUUCAAAGCUACAAUAUAUCCGAAGGAUCGGAUUCAGAAGACGACAGUCUUCUGCAGAAGAAAACUGAACAGAUAAAAUCGGCGCCUAGACGCUCCAGAAGUGUUUCUCGUUCAUCUGAAUCCUCGAGGAGAUCCACAAGAAUGCCGAGCAAAUCGGUGACUCCAGCCCCAACUCCGACAAAGCAGCUCCCGGCAAGAGCUUCUCGACAAAUGAGCAGGAAAAGUCCGACUUCGGUGAGAAUUCAGCUUUCUAAACACUUUCUAUUUAAUAAAUCGUUUCCAGAGCCGCUCCUGCUCUGUCUCUUCUACUGGGGAAACCAGUCGUCAACAACGUGCCCGUGCCCGAUCUGCUAUGCGUGGCGACGACGUCGAUUUCGAGGGGAAAGAACUUCCGAUCAAGAAGAAUACACCAUCCAAGUUGGCCUCUUGUGUUCAAGUUGUAAAGCCUCCCCCGAAACCGGUAGAGCAUCAAGAAGAGGAAGCUGAUAUACAUUUAGAAUUGCCAAUAACGAAAAGUGUUGGAGAUGUGCUCAAAAGUCGAUUGAGAGCCGCCAAUUCUCCGUUCGCCAUGAAACGACCGGCUCCGCAGCCGAUUGACGCGGGUCCACCAAUGAGAGUGAAGAAGAUAAUGGGGAUGACGGCGCCGAAGAAGAAAAAUAGCAUACGGAAAGAAGAUCCGUAUGCUUCUGGUCCGUCGCCUGCUCCAGAAGCUCCUGAACGAGAGGCUCAUGAGGAAACCUAUGAAAUACCACCAAUACCAAUCGAGCAGAACCAGUUAACGGAGGCAUCCACGUCUUCUGAAGCUGUUCCAACAGUCGUCCAGGAGCCGUGUCCGAAUUCCUCAGCUGCGGACGAAAAAGACAACGACGCAAUUGGUGAUAUCAGCUCGAGCACGGACGAAUCGAGCGAUUUGACGGUUCAGAAUACUUCUCAAGUGGCUGGAGGCGACAGUGAUGUCAAUGAAGAUCAUGUAAGCAGAUACCUUUAAUAGCCGGAUAGUAAUAUUCAUAAGUGCGGGAUGUUUGAGAAACGCCAAAAAUUUUUACGACCAAAUGAGCGGAAAACUGAACGAAUAUGACCCAUGGAAUUAAUUCAGACAGUUAGAACAACUUGACAACCUGUUACAAUUUUUUUUCGAACCAGGGCCCUUCCACUCGCCUGUCCCGAACUGCGCUCAACUCAAAACGCCUAUAGUAAUAUUGUCCAUUUUCAGAGAAAUACCAGCAACUCGCCACUCAGUCAAAGCCUUAUGAUCGAUGAGCCGGUGACUGCAGGAAGUCAGGAAUCAGUGAAGGACGAGGAGGAUGCCCACAAAGAGCCAAUGACCCCCAAGUCUCAAGUUCAAGAGGAAUCUGCUCAAAAUGUUCCGGAAGCUGCUCCCGUGGAGAUUAUUGCUCCAGAAGCUCAACUUCUCGAGGACCCUGUUACGGAAGUCGUUCAGAAAGAGUCCAUUGCUCCAGAAUCCCAAGCACAAAAAGAAUCUGCUCCAGAAGCUGCUCCAGUAGCCAAUGAUGGAGAGCCAGAAGCACCAGCUCCAGCAGAAGCCGAAGAACCAACUCCACCAGCUGCUCCAGAAGAACUUCCGCCGAAAAUCACGAUAACCGACGAUCUGAAAGUGGUUGUUCCGGUUUCUCCACUCACUCUAGCACCGAAACUGGAUGUUGUUUCGACUCCGAAGAGUCCGAAACAACUUAUGGUUUCCCACUUUGGACUCGAUAUCAGUGAUAGUGAGGAAGAGGAAGUAGAAGCUGUUCCUGCUGCUCCAGAAGCUACCAGCUCUUCUGCAAGUGACGUCGUCAAGGAGGAUCCGAUUAUUGCUCCAGUUGCUCCGGCUACUACUAUUUUAGUUGAAAAGCCGGUGCCAGUUCCUCCGAGUGCUCCAGUUCCAGCUCCAUCUAGACUAGCUUCGAGUGCUCAUGCUACCGCUAAGCCUGCUGCAGUUAAACCUGCUCCAAUACCAACUCCGUCAACUUCUACGGCUCCACCACCUUUAGUCAUUGCUUCAUCUUCAUCCUCUUCUUCCCAAUUUGAUCAGGAUCUCGCGGAAGACAUUCUUUUUGGGGCUAAAAUGUCGAAGCCGCCUGUCAAAAAGCCACCGGUUGCGAAACGUCCAGCCGCCGAGUCCACUCCGGGAACUGCUCCGAAGCGAGCGGCUCCUGUCAAAAAGACGCCGGCUCAACUGAUCGGCGCGCCCGGAUUGAAGCGUGCUCGCUCUGUGACUGCUCCAAAAGCACCGCCCAAGAAGCCAAAAGCUCCAGAGCAUUUAACAUCAUCUGCCGAACCUUCUGGAGCCGCAGAUGAAUCUGCAGAGCCCGCCGCCGCCGUUCCCUCGACUUCUGACGGAAAAGACGGAAAGAAAGCGAUUUUGAUUGAAGCGCGACGACGUGGAAGACCACCGAAAAGCGCGAAGGCGGAUGUGAAGCCUAUCGGAACGAAGGAAAUCGGUCAGAAGCGAGGCGAGAAAGCGGUGAAUCUGGCGAAAGCAUACCUGCGACAAGCACUGGAUCUCAAAGUGAACGUGCAGGAAUUGAAGCGUCCGAUGGAGGAGAAGGGCAUCGUUUUGGGCGAUUCGAUCCCACUUUCUGCCGCCGACGCCGCCGAAAUUAUGAUGGAAUUCCUGAGAGAAACGUCGGCCGGAGACAUGUGGGCGGUGAUGAAAAAGCAGAGAAACGAGGGAAAUGUGCAGCCGUUGCUGAAUACGGAAGAGCAGAACUUCCUGCAAGUCAGUGUGUCGCUCAUCGACGAAGAUCAGUUGCUCUUGGAGUUGUUCAUCGGGUUAGUUUCCCCUUUUUUCACCCCCAAAAGACCUUUGAAUUUUGCAGAAGAAUCCUGUCGGAACUGGCGGUCCGCGAUACGAUCGAUUCGAAACACAUAGGUCGAUACACCCGCCUGUUCUGCCACGCAGUCCGAUUCGUCGAAAAGGAGGACGAUCAGAAAGUAACGUGGCUCCGCCGCUUCUUCUUUGUUCUCCUCCACAAACACCAGCACCAACUGAUGCGCGCCGUCGCCUACUGCUUCAUUUCGGACGUCUCGGAGCACUGUCGCUGGCUCGUGGAGGAUAUCGACGAGUCCGGAGGCUUCUCGACCGUCUUCCGCACGUACAUGCACCUGGAUUCGGAGCAAGCGGCGGUGGUCAACUGGCUGCUCAACUCGAAAUUCCAGUACGCCUACAUUUCGCCGCCGACGACCGAACAGAUUCGAGAAACGUUGAAAGAGGCGCAUGGACAGUUCCUGACAGCGGAAGACUCGGAGGAGAUGUGCGAGCCCUUGAAGACGUCGAUUUAUAUGGCAAAGACGGGACUUCCCGUCUGUUUGGACCUUGCUUUCCAACUGCUCAAACAGCAAAUGACCCGUCUCGAUGGACAGUUCAUCGAGACGCACAAGAGGGACAUGGAGCUAAAGCGUUAGUUAUCGGGCCGACCAGAAACUUAAAAAAAAACGAAUAUUAUGCAGACAAAUCCGUGUUUUCCAUGCCGAACAUGUACACAAAAAUGACAGUGGAAGAGGCGAAGAGCCUGCGAAAAGAGUUCGAAUGGCAAAAGUACGUGCUGAUGGUGAUGAUCGACGAUCAGAGCACGAACAACUGGAAGCCGAUUGUGAAUGCGAUGCAGAAGUUUUCGGCGCAGGUAAAAUUUUUGGUUUUCUGAUCAAAAUUUGGAAGAAACCACAAACUUCAGGUGGUAGCUGUGCGCGAUAUCAUCGAUUCCUCGUCGUGCGACCAGCUCAUCGAGCCGUCGGCCGUCGAUGCGCUCCGCGAAGGCGUCGAUCAAUUGGCGCAGCUCAUUUCGCAUUUUACAAAUUUCCCCCUCAAACCGUCGGUUCUUGAAGAGCCGGCUCCUUCCUCUACCACCUGA